AUGCCUCGAGGCGUGCCCAAGGACGAGAGCAUGCACGAUGCGGACUACAUUCCAGAUGCACCGGCGAAGUCGAGGGGCAAGAGGAAGGAAGGCAAUGGCACCGGCGGGGCACCGCCGCCCGCCGCCGACAGCAUCAACAUCACAGUCCACUUCCCCGUCGCGAGGAUAAAGCGCAUCAUGCAGGCCGACGACGACGUCGGCAAGGUCGCACAGGUCACACCUGUUGUAGUCUCGAAAGCACUCGAGCUGUUCAUGAUCUCCCUCGUCACGAAAGCCGCCGCCGAGGCAAAAGCACGCAACUCUAAGCGCGUCGGUGCCAUCCACCUCAAGCAAGCCAUCACCAAGGACGAGCAGUUCGACUUCCUUUCCGAGAUCGUCGCCAAGGUCGCAGAUGCAACCGCUGCGGACAAGAGCGAGGGCGACGCAAUGGACGUGGAUGGCAAGAAGAAGAAGGCGUCUGGUAGGAAAAAGAAGAAGGCCGACGAUGAUGAUUUCUAA